UAUGGGAAGAGUUCUCGCCGCUGAGAUUUCAAUACAAAUCUCGGGGACACGUGCACAUCGAGCUGCUGUUCGCACGCCGUGCUCACGGCGAUGGUGAACCGUUCGAUGGCAAAGGUCAAAUUCUAGCGCACGCAUUCUUUCCGAGAUUUGGUGGUGAUGUGCAUUUUGAUGAGGAGGAAUUAUGGAGUCCGAAUAAGAGAAUCGAGGAUGAUGAGGAUGAACCGGAUAUUUGCGCUGAUGCUACCAUUGACGCUAUCACUAUCAUUGGAAACGGAUCUGCAUAUGCUUUUAAAGGUAUCAUCCAGUUGAAUCUGAGACAUUUCCAUGCGUUCAGCUGA